GUUAACGUUUAGGCUAUGUUUAUACUUACGUUCUUAUCAACAGUAUUAAUUCUUUCUCGUGGGAAAGCUCGUCGUAUCGUUGAUGGUCUCAAUGUGGACAGCAAUAGUUGGGAUCCAUUUUUAUUAAUAGGCAAAGAUUUAAACGAAUCGCCGAAUUACGAUAUAACACGCUGGGUACGGCAAUUGCAUCUGCAACAAUGUGCUUUCGUAGAAAUCGGAGAAGGAUUUUGUGCUUUGUUCGUCGAAUUACGUAGCAUACCUUCCGAAUCAAAAGUUCUCGAUAGUUCUGGGAUCGGUGAAUUUUUCCUCGGGAUUUGCCCUUGUUUGACUCUUCACACUUGGGAUUUGUGCUCACCCGAACUGGCAAGACAGAGAAAAGCGGACUGCUCUUUUAACGAAGCUACUCCAUAUUCAAACACAAGUGCAAGAGUUCACAGGCGAUUAUGCGAUAUCACUUUGCUCGUCGAAAAUAUUUCAAGCUGUAACUGUUCCAUUUCUUUAGCUGGCCAAGAAUUGUAUAAGACCAAAGGAUUUGCAACGUGUUUUUUGAAUCCUCUACCAGAAAGUUUGUGUUCACCACGUGGGGUUUGUGGCAUUGCACAAUGCACCGCGACCACAAUCAAAGGAAUACACACCCCUCAAUGCGCCUCGAACUGUCAUCAGAGACAACCAUUCUGCGAAGAAAUUGGGCCUUCAACUUCCAUUCCAUCGGAAAUUAACUCCUUAUGGACGGGAUGGUCCUCUCCAAAAUGUAAUAAUACUUGUGGUAAAGGAUUUAUGGUAGCCAUUGCAUCAUGUCAAGAUCAAGCAACAGGAAAACCAGCCAUAGACUGCAUCGGUCCAGGAUCGUUUUGCUGUCCAGAUAGCUUCGUUAAAUGUUACUGCGAGGUAAACAUCGUCAAUGGAAUUAUGAGAGCGGCCAGGUUCACAGAACCUUGCAUUUCUACCGAAGGGUGUAUCUUAAGCAACACUGGGACAUUCACUUUCGAAGGAGAACUUGAUCCUGGUAAUAACAUCAACUUUGACCAAUCUUAUGAGAAUGAUGCUCGUGAAAGAUUCGAAGACACGUUGUGUCCCUCGGAAUCAGCGCGAGCGAUACAGCGUAAUCUCUUAUAUGCCCAUGCUGCUGAUCAUGAGGAUGAGUACGUGUUACGCGAAAAUAGACUGGCAAAUAAAAACUUUAAACGCAACCGUGGAAAUCGUUCCGUUCUGAGAAGUCGAUUAGGCGAUGAUGCCGACUAUGCAAACCAAGACGAAGACGACGAUGACAAUGACAGCGACAACGACGACGAUGACGAAGAAGGGAUCGAUAACAAGACUGGUGUCGACGAUGAAAAGGGCGACGAGGAUGACGACGACGAGGAGGACGAGGAGAACAGAGACGAGAUGAUUGGGCUCAAAGGCUCCGCGAAGGGUCGCCGGAGCCCCAGAAAGCAUAUUCGAGAGGCGAGUUUCGAUUAUGCGGCGAUUGCGUUCGAGGGUAAGCAAGAGGUCAACGAACCCGAGAGGAAGGGUUCUAUGAAGGUCAGAUCCGUUACGGAAGACUGUGAGGAUGAAUCCACGGAACCACUGCAAUAUUAUGAUUAUGAAUCCAGGGAAAAUACAUCAUCCGGUUUAACAAUUGGACUAUCCUUGGAAUUGAUAGCAUUGUCCAUUUUAUUCUGGCUUUUUGAAUGUUAGCGGGCUAGCAGAAUAAAGAUA